AUGCAGACGCUAGUAGAAGGCCAGACACUGCUCCACGACGGCCGCUACCGCUUCUUGCGACGCAUCGGCAGCGGCACCUUUGCCGUCAUCAUGCGCGCUUUGGACGUGCAGCACGAGCGCCACGUGGCUAUCAAGUGCGUCCGCCAGCAAGAGCUCAACGCAUUGGGCGAGCGGGAAGCGGCCAUUCUGCGGCAGAUCAACGACCAGGACGCGGACGGAGCUUGUGCCGUGGUGCGUCUGCUGACCACGUUCGAGGAGCAAGGUCACUUUUGUCUCGUGCUGGAGCUCCUGGGGCCUCCUGUGCUCGAAGUGGGACGGUGGAGUCCGUGGCGUCACGCGCUCAGUGGAGCUCGAGCUGCUCCAAACCAGACACUGCAGCUCUUGAACCGCACGCGGCACUUGUCCGCUCCUGAUGGACUCGUAGCAAGCACGCAGCAGCGGAAGCAGGACGUGGAUGGACCUGACGUGGCUGGGUUGUUGGCACCACCUGUGUCGUUACUGGACAUACGGCAGAUGGCGGCGCAUCUCUGCGGAGCACUCGCGUUUCUCCAUGACCAGGGACUCAUCCACGCAGACGUCAAGCCAGAGAACGUGGUGCAGUCAAGUCCAGAAGCUCCACUGAGUCCGUCGGCGUCAACGUCGUUGCCGUGCUCGUCACCAGUCAAGUUGGUGGACUUUGGCAACUACUUGGGUGCAAACGAGCUAGCGGCGUAUGCUGACGCGGACGCUCGUGGCGGCUUUGACGUGCAGACCGUCACGUAUCGUGCUCCAGAAGUGGCAGCAGGUCUCUUGCUCUGCUCGGCCAUGGACAUGUGGUCGCUCGGCUGCCUCCUCUUGGAAUGCGUGUCAGGGAAACCGCUGUUCACACCGCCACCGCUCGAGACGUCGGUGCAAGAGCGAGCAGACGUCAUCAAGGUUGAGAACGCCCAUCUCUUGAAGCAGAUCGAGCGCAUCGUGACAAACGGAGUCCAGCUGGAUGCUACGUGCGCCCCGUAUCAGUCUUCUGCAUGGUAUAACGAAGAAGCCGCAGAGGAAUGCCAAAGGGUUGGCCAUGACAAGCAAGCGGAGACAUUGCAAGCACGUCUACAGGCCGCCGCUCCCGGGAACCACCAGCUUCACGACUUUAUUUGCAGUCUAUUGGACGUCAACCCCGCCACGAGAGUCACUGCAAAGCAAGCACUCUUUCAUCCCUUCCUGCAAGCCUUCUUCCCAUUCGAAACCGUGUUUGCUCGAUCGGAUGCUCGUCCAGCUAGCUCAGAACGUGAGACCAGUCUUCCUGCUGCAUCCGCAUCAACGGGAGCUGGCACACAGCGUAAGGCAUGGCGAUCUCGAUCACGCGAACUCGAGGAACAAAAGGCUUCUGACCGAGUGCGAAAGCGUCAAAGGUCAGCCAAAACGGUAACGUUAGCUCGCAGUAAGGACUUGCGUCAAGUGCUGAAGAUGAUACCGCGACACUGCUUGCCACUUCCGCCACGCUGA